UAAAUACACCACCUCGAGCAUCUUCAAGAACAACCUUAAAACUCUCGAAAACACACACACAAAUCUCAUCCACUUCCAAAUCUUUCCUUUCCAGCUUACUUCUUCGCUUUACUCCUGCGAGCUGAACCCUAAACCCGAAUCUUAAACCCUAAUCGACCGUCAUCAGCCAUGAAGAGAAGCAGGCAAGACGAGACCUUAGACAUGGUCAAUUGUCUAAUGCUUUUAUCCAAGGUAGGGGAACCCGAUUCCUCCCCCAUCAAAUACGAAAACUCGAAAAAUGACCGAGUUUUCGUGUGCAAGACGUGUGAUCGGGAGUUCCCGUCGUUCCAAGCCCUCGGAGGCCACAGGGCGAGUCACAAGAAGCCGAAGCUAAUGCCCGGUGGGGCUGUUGACCUUUUACAUUUGGCGGAGUUCCCGGGGUCGCCGGUGAAGCCCAAGAAGCAUGAGUGCCCGAUCUGCGGGCUUGAGUUCACGGUCGGACAGGCGCUUGGGGGACACAUGAGGAGACAUAGGGACGUCAUCCAAGCUGCGGCUGUUCGAGCUCAGCCGUCGCCGCCGAUGCCUGUUUUGAAGAAGUCAAAUAGUAGCAAAAGGGUGUCGUGUUUGAAUAUGGAGUUGAAUUUGGAUCUGCAUUUGGCACCACCGGGUCAUCACCAAUACGAUUUGACGAAGCUGCAGAUGAUUUCUUGAUUUGUUACAUGUUUAAUUUAUAUUUAUCUCCUUCGACUGGCGUCAACAGAUAGAUUUAGUUUUGAUGUAUACUUAUUCGUACAGAUCAUAGUCUUUUUAUCUUUUAUUUUUUAAUUCGAUGUUUAUAUUGAAACAUGGUGGAGAUGAAUUUAUUGGAUUUUUUUUUGGGAACAUA